AUGUCUGCUGGAUCAGUUCUCGUCACAGGUGGAACGGGCUACAUUGGCUCUUUCACCACCCUCGCUCUGCUCGAGGCUGGCUACAAGGUUGUCGUCGCCGACAACCUCUACAACUCCGACCAGGAGGCUCUCAACCGUAUUGAGUUGAUCUCUGGCAAGAGAGCCGAGUUCUUCCAGUUGAACGUCACCGACGAGGCCGCCUUUGACAAGGUCUUCGAAGCCCACCCCGACAUUGACAGCGUCAUCCACUUUGCCGCUCUCAAGGCUGUUGGUGAGUCCGGUGAGAAGCCUCUGGACUACUACAAUGUCAACGUCUACGGCACCAUCUGCCUCCUCAGCUCCAUGGUCCGCCACAAUGUCACCAACAUUGUCUUCUCCAGCUCUGCCACCGUCUACGGUGAUGCCACCCGUUUCCCUAACAUGAUCCCCAUCCCCGAGGAGUGCCCUCUGGGUCCCACCAACCCCUACGGAAACACCAAGUUCGCCGUUGAGAACGCCAUCACCGACUUGAUUAACGCUCAGCGCAACAACGCCAUCAAGGCCGGUAACGAAGCCGAGGCCAAGAAAUGGAACGGUGCUUUGCUCCGUUACUUCAACCCCGCCGGUGCUCACCCCAGUGGUAUCAUGGGUGAGGACCCCCAGGGUGUCCCCUACAACCUGCUGCCCCUGUUGGCCCAGGUUGCCACUGGCAAGCGCGAGAAGCUGCUUGUCUUCGGUGACGACUACAAGUCCCACGACGGAACCGCCAUCCGUGACUACAUCCACAUUCUCGACCUCGCUGACGGUCACCUGAAGGCCCUCAACUACCUCCGCGCCAACAACCCCGGUGUCCGCGCCUGGAACUUGGGUACCGGCAAGGGCAGCACCGUCUACGAGAUGAUCGAUGCCUUCUCCCAGGCCGUUGGCCGUAAGCUCGCCUACGAGGUCGCUCCCCGUCGUGCCGGUGACGUUCUCAACCUCACUGCCAACUCCACCCGCGCUCAGAACGAGCUCGGCUGGAAGGUCGAGCGUACCCUCGAGCAGGCCUGCGAGGACCUCUGGCGCUGGACCGAGAACAACCCCCAGGGUUACCGCCAACAGCCCCCGGCUGAGCUGGUGGCCCAGCUUAAGAAAUAA